CCUACAAACUAGACUUUAUAGACAGGAUUUCUUAUUUAGAGAUAUAUAUUCCCCUCCCCCACUCAAAAGAACUACUUUGCAUAUAGACUAAAGCAUCAAAAAAACUGAGGAUGACGGACGGCAGUAAGAGCAAAACCACUGCCCCUCUCCUGACUCAGAGAUACCAGAGGAUGGUCACCAAAGAUGGCCACAGUACCCUCCAAAUGGACGGAGCCCAAAGAAGAGGCCUAGCUUAUCUGCGUGACGCUUGGGGAAUCUUAAUGGACAUGCGUUGGAGGUGGAUGAUGCUGGUCUUUUCGGCUUCUUUUGUCAUCCACUGGCUUCUCUUUGCAGUGCUCUGGUACGUACUGGCGGAGAUGAACGGCGAUCUGGAGUUAGACCACGACGCCCCUCCUGAAAACCACACUAUCUGUGUCAAGUAUAUCACCAGUUUCACGGCCGCGUUCUCCUUCUCCCUGGAGACACAACUUACAAUUGGCUACGGUACCAUGUUCCCAAGCGGCGACUGCCCCAGUGCCAUUGCCCUGCUUGCUAUACAGAUGCUCCUGGGACUCAUGCUUGAGGCCUUUAUCACAGGGGCCUUCGUGGCAAAGAUUGCCCGACCAAAGAACAGGGCUUUCUCGAUCCGCUUUACCUAUUCUGCCGUAGUAGCUCACACCGAUGGCCAGCCGAACCUCAUUUUCCAAGUGGCCAACACUCGCCCAAGCCCGCUAACCAGCGUUCGAGUCUCUGCCGUUCUCUACCAGGAACGUGAAAAUGGCAAACUGUACCAGACGACUGUGGACUUCCACCUGGACAACGUCAGCACAGAAGAAUGCCCAUUUUUCAUUUUUCCGCUGACCUACCAUCACCCCAUCACGUCAUCCAGUCCUCUGGCUACUCUUCUUCGGCAGGAAACGCCUCACCACUUCGAGCUAGUCAUUUUCCUCUCUGCUACACAGGAGGGAACAGGAGAGACAUGCCAAAGGAGGACAUCCUAUCUACCAUCUGAGAUCAUGUUACAUCACUGUUUUGCCUCAGUGCUGACCCGAGGCUCCAAAGGUGAAUAUCAAAUCAAGAUGGAGAAUUUCGAUAAGACCAUCCCUGAACUCCCUGCAGCAGACUCUAAGAGCCCAGAGAGGACUGACCUGGAAAUCCGUAUCAAUGGACAGCACAUUGAUAACUUCCAGAUUUCUGACCUUGGAUUGGUCGGAUAGGUUUGGAUCCUGGCUCCAUUCGUGUUAAUGCAUUAAAACUACCCAGCUGAACUUACAGCUUAUUUCCCUUCAUCAUUUAACUGAUGUCCUAUUCUCUAUCCCUCUACACCUAUCCAGUGCAUACGAAACCAAGUGCAUGAUGUAUGCAUGCCCACGUUAACUAAAGUGAGUGGCUAAACUGCACCGUACUGAAUGCAAACUUCAGAACAAACCCUAGCAAAGUAGAAAUGCUACCUGCUGAAUUUACUAGGCUAUGAUUAAAACUGCAUUAACCCUGAAAUAGAGAAUUGAAGACUCCCACAGCUGAUCAAGUUUAAUUAAACAAUACAGCAGUGUCAAAGGAGUAAAAUGGACAAUAUGAAAACAGUAGACCUCAUACAAAACUGACUAAAACCCCUAGUUUACAAUAAAGAUGUAAUUCCGACUCUAAAUAAGUCCCAUUAAUAUAAAGGCUCUAAACUCUGCUUAUGUGUCACAGCUUUCCAAAUCUGUCCAGAUUUUACUAAAAUUAUCACAAAGGGGAAGUGAAGAGGAAUCCUGUUUUUUUUGUAUUAGACAAAAUUAUGAGAAACUUUGGCCUUAAGCUUUUUCUUCCUAAGAAUUGAAGGUAUCUAUAAAGUGAUGAGAUAUCAAGUGUUUAGAAUUUUUAAAUCAGCAUACAAAAUACAAUUGUGUAUAAAAGACACAAAUAUGUCUCCCUAGACCUCAAAGAGCAAUCUAAUGGUGUGUUUUUUUAAAGAUAAAGGUAAUGCUUUCUUUCAUAUAUUAAUUCCUAUACUUUCAAAUCUUUUGGUAGAGGUAUCUAACAAUAAACUGAAUAUAAAAGGUAUGUAAAUCUAAUGAGCUCCAAGAUAAGAAUGAAUGCAUAGUGCAAUAUUCUGCACAAAAAAACUUAAGUGCCCAAAAUAAGAAUGAAUAUACUAUCUCACUUGGCUUAGAAAAUCAGAAUCAACCAAGUUUACGUGCAUUUGUUUAAACAUCACAAUUCCACAUAAAUCUAAAUUUAAAAGGAGACCUUGCAUAUGAUGCAGUCGUCUUCCUUUCCCAAAAAGCUUCUAGUCACAUCAAAAUAUAUUUAAUUUUUUCUCAAAAAACGAGGGUCUGUGUCCAAUCUGAUUAUCUUGUACCUGCCCCAGUGCUUACAACAAUGCUUGGCGUAAGUAAAGCGCUUAAAAUACCAUAAAAAAAAUAAAAACAGUUAGGUUGGACACAGUCCAUGUACCACAUGGGGCUCACAGCCUUAAUCCCCAUUUUAUAGGCUGAGGCAACCGAGGCACAGGGAAGUAAAGUGACAUACCCAAGGUCACACAGCAGACAAAUGGCAGAGCCAGGCUUGGAACCCAGGUCCUCUGACUCCCAGGCCUAGAUUACACUAGGCCAUGCUGCUUUAACACACACCACCUUAAAAUCUUGAAAACAAAAGGUGUUUACAAGUUCACAAACCCACAGAAGUUUCAGAAAAUAAGCAAAAAUAAUUUUGACCAUUCCCUCCUUCUGAAGUAUCCCAUUAAAAAGCAGAUGUACUCGCA